GACUCGUUAUACUCUGGUAUGCGAGAAAAUGUGAUAGGUAGUACGCAUGAAUGUUUUAGUGCCUUUUCAUUCAAAAGUUUAUAUUUUUAAUGAGAUACAUUUGUAAUAUCGUACAUUUAUAAUGCGGUAGAAGAGAGUAAACUUCAAGUAGUUUAUUUCCAAACUUACCUGGGAUACUUUGGUUCAGCGACGGGUACCUGUGCUCGAAUGUUUCCCAUAGCAACCAUUCUUUGUCACGAACUGUUGUAAAGGGCUACCGAUUGAGAUUGUAGCCAUAGCAAGCAACGUGCUCUAAAGCGCGUGAAUUCUGUCGUAGUUUGGAACCUUUCAGAAAACAGACUCUAAAAUGGUACUGCUGCCAGAAGGGGCGGAACUGACGCUUGCUGAGCUCCGCGAGAUGGCAGCACGUCAACAACAACAGAUCGAGGCCCAGCAACAGCUCCUGGUGGCUAAGGAACAACGUCUUAAGUUCUUAAAACAGCAAGAGGUACGACACCACCAUGGAGCCCAAACAACAGAAGGAGAUCGGUUGCGAUAUUUGCGUGAAAGGGUGGAAGGUCAAGAGCAGAAACUCCGCCGAUUGAGGGCGCUGCGAAACCAGGUAGACCAACAGCGAGUGAACAAUGGUAACCUAGGUGCAGAGCUGGAGUCUAUCCGGGCCCUUUUUAAUGAAAAGGAAAAAGAACUGACAUUAGCUGUAGCCAAGGUGGAGGACCUCACGCGACAGUUGGAGGAACUAAAACGAGGUAAUCAUAACGGGCUUAGGACCUGUAACUCCAACGUAUCUCAGCCUGCUGCAAUGGAAUUGGAGAAAUUAAAAAGAGAAUUAGUGUAUCGAACAAAGUUAAAUGAGCAGCAGAAUGCACGGAUUGCACACCAGAGGGAGAUACUGUCGAAACGUCAGGAAGAUAUUUCGGGCAUGGACCAACGAAUUGCCGAUCUACAGCAACGGCUCCACCGAAAACGAAUGUUAAAUCAACAAAUUUCUAGCCAGGUUCAUGCUGCUACUGUAGCCAAACAAACACACAUGAGAUCUGGUGCAACGAAAACGCACCCUCGGCCUCUCAACACCAAUGUUGUUGUAGUGGAACCGUUAAAACAUGCAUCUGCAGAACCGGAUCGGGUACAAGACGACCUAGAUGCCCCGUUAGGGGGCAUAAAAGGCGUCCAAGAGUUAAGUGAGUUUGCCAGUAACAAGAAUGAUCCGAAAUAUCAAACUCUACCAUAUAAUACGAAGUUUACAAAGUAUGGAAAAGAUUACAGUAGUUCCGAGGAGAGUGAAGACGGAUCAAAGCCGACUGAAGAAAAUGGCCCAAAAAAAGGAAUCACAGUUUCCUCUUCCAACACCCAGCAAGUUGCAACAUCUCCCCAGAAGCAACCCAUUAGACACCCCGUAAUCCCACCGCCCCAGCAACAUGUUGAUCAUCUGGUUCCACAGGUUUAUGGUUCUACUCCCAGUACACUUUCCGCCCCCAGAGGGCAGAUUGCUGGUAAUAAUAAUGCCAUAAAUCAAGGACAAUUGCCUACACCUAAGAGUAAUUCUCUGUCAAUUUCGACCAACAGUAAACCGCCACCUACAUUACCAAAACCAAAAUCAAAUAUUUCGGUCCCAGGAAAUCAAGGAAGCUUUCUUUCUGGUUCUUACCCCAUUUCAAAAACAGAUGUGAUCCUUCCAAUCCAGUCCCAACCACGUGCGGAAGUUCAACCUUUGGAUAGCCCUAGACACAGUGGUUCGUCAGACGGUCGUCAAACACAAGAAACCAAUGUCAUUUACACCUCAUCGACUACGAGUUUGCCUAUCUCAUCUUUCGAAAAGCCUCCCCCUCCGCCUAAACCUCCCCUCCCAAUAAAACCCAUGCCUCCACCUCGUCAAACCCACUAUCUUGCUGAGAGUGUUUCAUCCUCUGAACGAAGCUAUACAGAAACAAAGUUAGAUGCAGUAGAUUCUGCCUUGUCUGUUUUGAAAGGCUCUGAGAACCAGGAUAACAAGAGCACCAGCGGAUUCAGGUAUUUAGGCAGAUCGCAAACUGUCCAGCGUCAUACUCAUAGACUUGGUCAAGCAUCCCUUGACCAAUAUGCCAAAGCGAUGAAUCACGUGUAUCGCAACGAACAUCCACCACGCUCAUCACAAUUCGAAUCUUGUAACGUCAAAAGUACCAAUUUCACUUCCAGUGAUUCCACUAAUGAUAAUCUGUGUGGUAACACAGAACAAGAACAUAGAAGAGAAAAGCUCCCGAUAAGGCCCAAACCACUUACUGUUAAAAUACCACCAAGUAGUGACCAACCAAGGCUUAAAGGCCAGCAGUACGGGGGCACACAGAGACAAGGAACAGAAGGGGUAAAUGAAAAGAUAUCUCCCAGUGUGGCCAAUCAAAACUCUCAAAACGUGCACAUUAGUAUAAACCGACGUAUUGAAAUGCCACCAGCAUUUCUGUUUCCUGAAAAUGUACCGCCUCCAGCUGACCUAAGCGGAUCCGUCCGGACAGAGGAGCGAACAAAGAAUCAUUCUGGGAAUGACGUCACAGACAGAGUGAUGAUAGAAGCUGAAGAUGUAAUUUUUAACCACAACAGUGAGAAACAGGAAAGUAUCAAGAGUCCACUAAACCUAAAUGAUCAGUUGGACCAGUUCAAUGGAAACACCACUCUAGUCUUUGAAAACAACACUCGGCCAGAUGGGGACGGAGACUCUGUCAGCACAGAAAAUGAUCAAGUACAUGUGUCUGAUCAGCCACUGGAAACCAAUACUGACGUAUCUAACAAUGAAGUUAAUGGUUAUGAACAGUUGCGCAUACACAACAGCGCUGCCUUGCGGAGGGUGAAAAAAGGAAACCUAAAGACAAAGAACUCAACCAAAAACUCUCGAAGGGUUAGUUUUGAUCCUUUAGCCUUGUUACUUGACGCUGCCCUUGAAGGAGAAUUAGAGCUCGUGAAAAAGACUACAAAAGAGGUGCCUAAUCCUAGCGCUGCUAAUGAUGAAGGGAUCACGGCUCUUCACAACGCUAUUUGUGCAGGACAUUUCGAAAUUGUCAAGUUUCUUGUGGAGUUUGGCUGUGACGUCAAUACCCAAGACAGUGAUGGCUGGACUCCACUUCACUGCGCAGCCUCGUGUAACAACCAACCAAUGGUAAGGUUUCUCGUGGAGCACGGCGCUUGUGUAUUUGCCACUACUCUCAGUGAUCAUGACACCGCAGCUCAGAAGUGUGAGGAAGAUGAAGAAGGCUACGAUGGUUGUUCCGAAUAUCUUUACAGUGUUCAAGAAAAACUUGGCAUCUUGAAUGGUGGCGCUGUAUACGCUGUGUAUGAUUACGAAGCUCAAAACCAGGAUGAAUUGUCUUUUAAAGAUGGCGACAUGCUCAUCGUGUUAAGGAAAGGGGAUGAACAAGAGAGAGAAUGGUGGUGGGCUCGACUUAAAGAUAGAGAAGGUUAUAUACCUAGAAAUCUCCUUGGUCUUUACCCAAGAGUAACGGCAAAACGAGAUUCUCAAUAGCACCAAGCCAGAUACACACGCCAGUCUCGUACAGUCUCGAACUAACCGACACUGCAUGAGAUAACGAACUGUUAUUAACAAGUGCCACUGUCUUCUCUACUUCGGACAUUUUGUUGGAGAUGCCAGUUUUGCAUUAGCUUUGUUUUUUGUUUGCUAUUAUUAUUUGUGUAUGAAAACGGAUGAAUUGAUUGUACUUUAUGAAAUUACGGUAGAGUUGCUGUAAAUAACUGUAAAAUACAUUCGUUAUUGGUCAUUGAUAAUUUUGGCCAAGUGUCUGUCGUAAAUUAGCUUUUAUUGAUGAAUUGUAUUAAUUACGGUUUUAAAUACUGAUAAUACCACUUGUACGUAUUGUUUGAAUAUAUAACAUUUUGUAUAUAGGAGAAACAAAUACUAUGACUCUUCUUCAACCAUGGAUGAUUUGAAGUAUCGAGUGAAGAAAGAAUUUGUAUAUCAUGUAUUAUACGAAAAGUUGCUAUUUUCCGUCCAUGUUUUCGGGUUCCUGAAUUUAUUAGUUACCGGUAGAGGGACAGGUAGAGAGCUUAAGCAUUUUGUUAUAGUUUACCUAGAAUGGUGCUUGACUAUAAGAAAAGCAUUGCUAAGUUGACAUAAUAUAGCCUCACAGUAGGGCUGGUUUAACUUUGUUCAAUACGAAAACAAGUCUUAGCUGACUACCUUUAUGUUUACGAAAUAAUUUGGGCUUGGCGAUAAGAGAGAGAAAUAUAUGUACUUGUAAUUACGAAUUGUAUAGCUCGCAAAGCUAUCCCCCUGUCAACAAUACUAAAUUAUAAAACCAGUGACUCUUUUAAGACACAAGGUUUUUGUAAGAUAUUUUUUUAAAAUAUGAAUACAUUUUAACGAAUAAGCAUUAUCGAGUUGACAUAAUAUAGCCUCACGGUAGGGCUGGUUUAACUUUGUUCAAUACGAAAACAAGACUUAACUGACUAGCUUUGUUUACGAAUUAAUUUGGGCUUGGCGAUAAAAGAGAAAUAUAUGUACUUGUAAUUACGAAUUGUAUAGCUCGCAAAGCUAUCCCCCCCUGGCAACAAUACUAAAUUAUAAAACUAGUGACUCUUUUUAAGACGUAAGGUUUUUGUAAAAUAUGUUUUUUUAAAUAUGAAUAUAUUUCUGUUUCUUGUAUCCGACACUUAUAAUUAAGCAUCCCCUGACCCCAACAUAGCACUGCUUUAUAUAGACGUUAUGUAACUUGGUUCGAAUUUUUAAAAUCUGUAUAUACCUAUAACUGAAUAUGUGAUUUCAGACUGUUGUUAGUUUUUAUGAUGAUUAUUUGUUCAUAGCCCUUCCGUUAGUUGGUCAUUACAAUCAUGAUACACGGUUUCGUCCAAUUCAAGUUCAUAUCGAAAAAUGUUCUUCCAAUUUUGAUAUCCAUUAAUGUUGCAGGGGCUUGAUAUUAUGCAUAAAAGAACAUGAAGUUGUUGCCUGAAUGCUGGAGUCUAUGAGGUACAUAUCAGUGGAGAGCUUAUUUUCUGUUUAACUUGAAUAAAACAUUCCAUAUUGAUAAUG